UAUAUUUAUGACAUUGUGUUAAUGCGUUAGCAGUGGGUAGGGAUUGUCAAAAUCAGAGUUCUUGGUUAAAAAUAACUACUUUAUAGUACAAUUACCAGGUGUGUUUUUAGUGCCAACCAAACAGAUAUCAAUCCUCUUACUCUGGUCAGACAAAGUCCAGAAGGUGUUCCUGGUUCAAGGUAAACAUGGGGCAAAUAGAGGCGGGCCGGAUGGUGACUACAUCCUCAUGAGCGAUUGGAUGAGGUUAUUCAAAAACAAGCCUCCAAAUAGAGAGGAAGAUGAGGACGCCUCUCAGGCAGGAGUUAACAAGGCCAGUAAAGGAGGAAUCAUCUAUGGAGACUACCUGCAGCUCGACAAAAUAGUGUCAGCCCAGGUGCUGCAGAGUGAACUAAAGGGUAAUAAGAUCCAUGAUGAGCACCUCUUCAUCGUCACCCAUCAAGCCUAUGAGCUGUGGUUCAAACAGAUUUUGUUUGAACUUGAUUCAGUGCGAGAGAUCUUCAUCAGUGGACAUGUCCGAGAUGAACGCAAUAUGCUCAAAGUCAACACUCGCAUCCACAGGAUUGUAAUGAUAUUCAGACUGUUGGUCGACCAGUUUGCGGUUUUGGAAACAAUGACAGCCUUGGACUUUUUUGACUUUAGGGAAUACCUGUCUCCAGCCUCAGGCUUCCAGAGCCUCCAGUUUCGACUGCUGGAGAACAAAAUCGGGGUCCCGGACAACCUGAGGGUUCCAUACAACAGACGUCAUUACAGGGACAAUUUCAAGGGUCAUGACAGUGAGCUGCUGCUUUCAACUGAACAGGAGCCCACACUCUUAAAGCUAGUCGAGGAGUGGCUGGAGAGAACUCCUGGCUUGGAGGUGGAUGGAUUCAAUUUCUGGGAAAGGCUGGAAAUCAAUAUAUUUGAUGGGCUGAAUCAAGAGAAGGAGAAAAUUGAGAAAAUGCCAGAUUCUGAGGAGAAGGAGGAACUGAUGGCUGAGCUGGUCAAACAGAAAGAGCUCUUCACCUCUCUGUUUGAUGAAAAGCGUCAUGACCAUCUCCUUAGCAAAGGUGAGAGGCGGCUCUCCUACAAGGCUCUACAAGGUGCCCUGAUGAUCUACUUCUACAGGGAGGAGCCAAGGUUCCAGGUUCCUUUCCAGCUGCUCACCUCCCUCAUGGACAUUGACACUCUCAUGACAAAAUGGAGAUACAAUCAUGUAUGCAUGGUGCAUCGUAUGAUUGGCAGCAAGGCUGGAACAGGGGGCUCAUCUGGCUACCACUACCUGAGAUCCACUGUCAGUGACCGCUACAAAGUGUUUGUGGAUCUGUUCAACCUGGCAACAUUCCUGGUGCCUCGCCACUGGGUACCCAAGCUGAAUCCCAAUGUUCAUACCUUCCUCUACAUGGCUGAGUGUUGUGACAGCUCCUACUGCAGCAGUGAGGACUCAGACUAAGGGGGCAUCUCACUCGUUUGUCCUUGGCAUCCUUUCGUUCAUCAUGGCAGUCCUCACCUCACAAUGGUGGAUCAUUCGCACAGCUGAAUGGAUUUAGUGGCAGGUGUGUGGGUGAAUAGGCAGCCAUCAAUACAUGCAGAGAAAUACAUAUUUUGUUUAGAGGCUACAUAAUGUUUUAGUCUAGUGAGCCGAGGAGAUAUCCAGUUGGACUACCUGACCUAUAUAUUGAUUUGUUUUUCUCAAGAAAUUAACGAGGGCAGUCUUAAAUACAUACAUACUACAGAGGAUUAUGAAGAACACUUACAAAUCAGAGAAUCUUCAAUCUUAAUUUGAUGGAGGGUUUUUUUCCAGUUGACACAGGAUGUUGGAUAAGAUAGAAAGUAACUAUUUAAAGUAGCUGUAAACCAUUAAAAUAUCCAUUAGGGAGAGCCAUUUUAUAUUUUUAUCCCUGCUGGUUUUCUAGGAAGUAUGUAUUCUGACAUGUAAAUACAGAAAAAUAACAAAUGUACAAAAUUACAAAAUAUUUAGCAAGCAAGGUAAAACUCUUGCUUUUCAUUGUGACACUAAUAGCAUACCAGGUAUCCUCAAAUUAUGUUCGAAACAAGAGCAAAAACACAAAUUACUAGUUCAACAGUUACAUCAAGCUACAGAACCUGCAACACAGCAUCUGACCCUGAAUAAAUCAAAUGGCCAUAAUAGACUAUUUUGCUCUAAUCUCUAAUCCCGACUGGACACAAAGUACAGCAGAUGGCUCCUUGAUAAGGUUUGCUUAGAUGUUUUCUCAAUAAAAUUAUGCAAAUUCACUGUGACUGACCUGAAAGCAAAUGGAUCGGUGAGAGCAGUGAUCAAACUGGUGGCGGUGAAUAGUAUUUUAGAAACGCACCGUCUUUCAUGCCAGAACGGGAAAGGUGUCAGGGAGGGAGCUAUUUCAGACUACUGAGAUGCAGCUCAGGUGCAAACCUCUGUAUAAACAAUCAACAUCAACAUCUAAAAUAAAACAAUUUGCAUAAAUGUAACAUAACAUAAAUGUAAAACUCUAAAAUAUUAACCAAAAAAAUUGUACAUAAUGUUAAUAAUGUAGUUGCUGUAGAUGUGUUUUGUAUAGUAUUCUAUAUGGUAUGUUUUGUUAUGUAUUUAUGCAGUGAUUAAUGUGAUCUCUGUAUAGAUACAUUUGAGUUGUAUUACCCAUGACAUGUAUCUACCUUAUGUAUUUUAUAAGAUACAUAUUUUGUACAGUGCAUCUAUUCUUAUUAUCAGUUUUACAGUGGUGAAUGUGUAUUAAUCGCUCAGUUAUGAUCCAACAUUUAACAACAUAUGAAGUGAUUUAUUUUGUUUUGGUGAUGCAAGAUGGUGACAUUUCAAUAAAAAACAUUAUUUAAAGUGA